AUGCAACAACGUGGUGUCACGGUGCGCCCGAUGAAUUUGGCGAAGAAGGUGUUCAGCGCCAAGACGGUGUGUCCUACGGCGGCGAGCCAGCUGUACGUAGCCCACGGCCUCCUCGGCAAUUCCGGCAACUGGGCAACCGCCUUGCACCACCUUGUCGAGCACCCCACUCUCCGCGACAAACUCCGUCGUGCGAUCGCGCUGGACAUGCGCAACCAUGGUAACAGUCCGCACAGCAGCGACCACACCAACGCAGCGCUUGCCUCCGAUCUCGAAGCGCUGGUGCUGCGCGAGCAGCAAGAGCUGAAGCGUACCUUUCAUGACCCAUCCUCGUGCACAACACGGCACGCAAUCUUAAUUGGGCAUAGCAUGGGCGGCUUGGCGGUGAUAGGCACGCUGCUGCGGCGGGCCAACGAGGAUCAUCUGCUGACCUCAUGGGCUGACCACUGCGACGACGGGGGUACGACGUCAUCAUCGUCCUACGGAGCGUGGCCAGCGGAGCACCGUCGUCAGUGCGCCGCUGGAAUGCGUGCCGUGCACGAGGAGUUCGACUUUGCUUCCUCGCAGCCCAUCUCCAAAGUGCUCUUCAGCAACUGCGAUGCGUCCUCAUCACCAUCAACGGACAGCGGUAUUGCCUCCCGCAUCCCACCGCUGGGCCGCAUCGCUGGUGCUGUCAUUGUGGACAUAACACCAACGAUGCGGCCCUUGGAAGAGCACAGCGGCUCUGAUAACAUCAAGGAGACACUCGAGCGCAUGACAAGGGUGCGGCUGGACGCAAUUCACAGCUACGAGGAAGUGACAGCAGAGCUGAUUCGGGUCGGUAUAGCUGACCAGGCGAUGCGCAACUUUUUGACUACGAACAUCGUGCUUGCUCCUAAAGACAUGUCGAAGCCGGCGCAGUGGAAGUGCAACCUGCCGGUCCUCGCCAGUGACUACGGCAGCUUCCUGCCAUCCAUCACAAGUUGGUUCACAUCGUCGGUAGCGACCGGGGUGCAAGCGUCCUCGGCUACCGCACCGCAGCCACCGCCGCGGGCGUGCACGCUGCCUGUAAUGUUCGUCUUUGGCAGUAAGUCACCGUACAACGAUCUGAAUUACCGCCAGCAGAUCUCACGUUUCUUCUCCAACGCAACGCAGGUGGUGGUGGACGGCGCUGGUCACUUUGUGCAUUACGAGAAGACGAAGGAGUUUGCUAACGCCGUGGCGCCGUUCAUCGCAUCUCUCAUCUCAGGCGUAAAAUGA